AUGAGUGAAGUGUGUCGAUACUGUGGGAGUUCGCAAGGUGAACUCAUUCAUCCGUGCAAGUGUGAUGGUUCAAUCGCAAGUGCGCAUCCCCGAUGCCUAGCGGAAUGGGUUAGUAGUUCGGGUAGCUUCCGUUGUGAAAUCUGUAGCCGAUACUACAAUGUUAGCAAAAUUGUUCUAAACGACACAUCGUAUUUCGCAAACCUUUCUGAUUUCUCUAUCCUAUGGAAAGCACUGGUAGCAAGAGUUGAAAAAUCAGCUGAGACAAUUCAUGAAUUUCUUUUCAUGUACACCGUUUUUUGCGCAAAUGGCAUUGUAUGUGUAUUCCUCUAUAUCUUGCUUUUGGGGCAAUUUUUGGACAUUGGCACUGCAAAGUUACUUAGUGCAAUGACUGAAUUUGAAAACCGCACCACUCUUUUUGUCUUGCUCAUGGUGAACUGCCUGCCCAUUCAGCUUAUUAGCCUUAUUGUGAUGACAGGCGUUCACGCUUGGCAAGAGUGGGUGUUCAUCCACGAAGCCGAAGUAUCACUUCCCCCUUUGCAGGAGCAAGGCGACGUGGCGCGUGAGACCCAGGGCCUAACAACAACCUCGCUCGAUGAAGCGAUGGGAGAGGAAGAAAACAAAUACAUUCCUAUGGGUUUUCUAGCGCAGUACGAUAAGGAGGAUCGUCGUAACUUAUGCACAGUGAAAGCAGAUACGGCGCUGGAAGGUGAAGCCCUGUUGAAGUGCAUCAAAAAGGUUCUAAACGAUAACACGCCUGUUAGUUUUUUCGAACGCAAAUUACCUCGCAUAGCGAUACAUUAUGGUAAGAGAUUUUUUUACGCACAUUUGUGGACCAUAUUGGUGCUACUAUCCUUCAAAAAAAUCAACGGGCUAGUGUUUUCGCUUAACCGAAAACUCUUCGAUGUCCUUAGUCGAACUUCUCUUGGUUAUCAUAUGGCCAGCGUUAUCGCACACGCUGGCCUUGAGGAUAUCGCCUUUUCGUUACGGCACGCCCUUACUGUAAUGCCAUCACUUGAUGACGCGUUUGACGUUAACAUGAAUUUUUUAUUUUUUCUAAAUUAUCCUAUCCUCUUCGGAUCUGCCGUCUUGAAGCUCAUGCCAUCUAAUCGAUGGAAAAGAAACUGGGCUGUUAUCUAUGUCUUGAUUAGAGGCCUGAUUGUGGGGUUCAGUUUGGUUUUCUUAGGCUUUAUGUUCAUGAGAAUCCCCGGGAGUCUUUUGGAGUCGAAAUUUUAUGUCAACAAAAACGCUAUCACGGGACUGAUGGACACGUCCACAGCCUGGCAAGUGUUGCAAAAAAAUGGCCUUGCCCCGCUUGUGUGUAAUUCCACAGAAUCCAAAAUGACCAAUUCCUUUGUCGUUUUAAAGGCGCUAUAUACGGUAUCUCACGACUUCAUCCCUUUCAAGGCUGAAACUCUCAAUACUGUCCAAUCUGAUGUUUGCUUGAACACUUUCGAUGCUGCCAGCUGUGGCAGCUUCUUAUUUCAUGAUCGGGGAUACAUCCAUUACGCAGCUUACUCUGUGCGGGUGCUUUGGCGCAUUCUAACGAAUCGCGUCGUCGAAGAAGUCACCAAUAACCUAUUAUUCUCUGUGAUUCCUAUAUUAGCAGUUCUGAAUUUAGAUAUCGUCAAGAAUCGAACCAAGCUUGGUGGUUCUCUUUCGGAAGGUAUCUUCUUUUUGCUUGCCCAUCUCGAUAUCCGGACGGCUUUUCGCAUUUUUUUCGAAUUCUCAAUGGUGCUGAUGUUGGCCUUCACGGUUGUUAGCUGGGCCUCCUGGACCCUUCUCAAGUACCUGGAUCCGGGAUCGUUCCCGAUCGUCAUGGGAUACUUUUCGCAAGAUUUGUUUCUCAUUAUCAAGAUCUGGUCCAAGUGCCCCAACGUUUUCCGUACAUUAAUGGUAUGGAGCAAGCUUUCUGAUUUUCUCCAGCGUGCGUAUGGUGUGAGCGCUGCUGCGAUGGACACCGAUAGGCGGCUGACACUCAGUGAUUUUGUUGCUUAUGUGUCAUACAUCACAACAUACUUUGCCGUCACUGUAGUUCUGACAUCUCUUAUACGGUAUAUUCAAUUGUCAUCAAACCUUUUAUGGCUUUUCUACAUUCCGUUGUUUGAUUUAUUUUUUACCUUAUCUCAACUGUUGAACUGGAGACAUGUGAUUAAACUUUUGGUGGAUCGUGCGAGAAGGCAUGCAUUUCUUUUUUUCUCUAAGCUUUGGCUACGUGGGCUCUAUGGCCUGCAGGUGAGGGUUGAUGGCGACUUUCUGGUGCUUAAAAGGUCGAUUUCGGUGCCAUCUGUAUUUAAGCCACAGAUUAUUGAGACGCAGCAGCAGAAACUCAUUGCGCUAUACGAAGACCAUCCACAUACUUCGAGUCGUAUCUUCUGGAAGAUACUUUUGGAUGGCCGAGAGGUGUCUCUCCAUUACAGCAGAAUCCACGAGCACGGGCCUCUAUUCUAUCAUGGCUUCUCAGCGAAGCGGCUAAGGGUCAUGUACGGCAGUUGCGUUCUCCAUUUUAUUUUCUGGUUCGUGGUACCUUUUAUUGCCGGAAGGGGCCUUUACUUUGAGACUUUGGCCAUAUUUAUCCGAAUUCAUCCGUCCGUGUGCUUUUUGGUCCCUUGGUUGUACAACUGCCUCUGCACCUGGUUGAUGGGUGUGCUACUACUCCUGAUAUGGUUCAUAAUCGAAGGAGGAAUCAUGGAGUCCCCUUUUGUAAAUCAUUUAGUGGAUUUCCUCCCACACUGUCUUUUCUACUGGCAUGUAGACACGGUGCACUAUAUUGCGAUCCCAAUUCUCAUUCGGUGUAUCUCUAUAAACCUCGGUAUGCACAUCUGCCACGCAAGUUCAGUUUCCACUUCAAAGACGGGUUCAGGCUUCGUCUUUGCGUCUUUCACGCCGCUUAUUACAGUUUGGGUGAUGAUGCAGGUAAUUCGGAUCAAGCGAAUAUGGGGACGCCGACGGGAUCAAGCCGAUGCUGCACCCAACGGGAAUCUGCAAACACUGACGAUCCAGGAGAGGGGUUUCGUAAGGCCUUCGCCUGUUGUACUGAACACUUUCGAAGCUCUCAUCAAUCAAGGAGUUGAAGAGGUGCUUCCAGAUGGGGUUGAGGCUGCUGUGCCUUCAUCUUCGUCUCCUACUAGCAUUGGGGAAAGAUUUCGGCACUUCUUUAUCGAUGGAAUAAUGUUGGUCAUGAGAAAGGUGGGUACGUAUCUCCGUGCUAGUUGGGUGGAGCUAGUUAAUAGGUCCCGAUUAUAUCUUUACACUGCCCGCAAUGAGGGUGAUACCAUAGGGGUGGUUUUCCAGGACUACGAGGAUACCUCCUGA